GCGGGGGGCGGGUUCGCCGGCACCAAGGAGUUGCUGGGACCCGCUGCGUGCCUUGCCAAGCUCGUGUGUGUGUGUGUGUGUGUGUGUGUGUGUGUGUGUGUGGGAGAGAGAGAGAGACAGACAGACAGACACACACGCACAACGUCGAACGCACUGGGAGUGUGUGGCAGGGUGUAUGGUUGUGUGCAUUUUUGUGCUGCAGGGUGUGAGGUGAUUUGUACCUGAAGCUGCGUGGUAAUAGCAUUUUUAAAAAUUAUUUAUUUAAUUUUAUUUUUAUUAAUUCAUUUAUUUUAAUUUGACCAGAGAGAGAGAGGGAGAGAAAAUGAAAAAGCAAGUCACCAGGCCUGGGACUCAAAUUGUUGUCGGCCAUGUGGGAGAGUCAGUGCCUUAACCACUCCACCACCUGCUAGUCCCAAUAGAAUUUUUGAUACAGGAUUUGUCUGAUACAAUAAGAAACCUCUGCUCUUGUGGUUUGUUUGUGAAGGAUCUCUGUAUUUCCGGAUUUGUAUCCGUAACUUGAGUAACUGGUGAUGGUAUGUGUUAUGUGACCGUACAUUUCUUGUGCUUGUAUUUCAGAGUAUAAGGGUUUGACUGGCAAAUGACCCUGUGUGUGAUCGUGUGUAGCAGUGACAAAAUGAUGGUCAAGUAAUUAUAUUUCUUCUUUGAGUACUAAUUUGAUGAAUCUGACAAGUAAUUUAGACCUUUUUUUUCUGUUUAUUUUUUUGCUACAGGGUGCAUACACUUGCCAAAGAGACAGAGAGAAAGUGAAAGUUUACCCCUUAUGCUCCCCAGGGAGGAUGGCUACACCACAAUUCCUUCUUCUCCUCUGUUUUCCUCUCAGGAUUUUGGGCAUGCACACGUGCCCAGUGUGAUUCUCAAGCCACAGGAUCUGGGACACCAACUACAAAGAUGAGCAUAUGGAAUUCAAUACCUUAACCUCCAGGCCACCUGCUGGCCCCUUCAUGAUUUUUUCAAAAUAAUUUCAAAGCCAAUUCUUAUGUAAAUGUUUUUUCAUCUGCUGUAGUAUUCCCAAAGUAGACAGCCAUUAUUUUCUGUUAUUAGAGGGACAUUACUGGGUAUGGUCGAGAGAGUAUCAAUUGAUGAAAUAAUAUAAUAACUGUAUACAUAAGAAUUAAUUUUAGCAGAGUUCAGCAUUAGUUGUAUUUCUUGAAUUCUAUAGCAAACCCUCUUCUCAUUUUCUGACAAGCAAACCUUGGCUUUCACAGAGAACAUAACUUUAAGGCUGCACAGUCUAUUGUUGUUAUGAACACUUACAAGAAAAAGAAAGCUAUUGUUUAGAAGAGGAAAGCAAGAAUUGCUAACCAGAGAUGAAUAGAUUUUAUGCAGAUGGGCUUCCUGUUGUAUAUUAAAGCUGUGACAUUUUAAAGUGUGGCCAUCUCAGGAUCCUGCUGUCUCCUGAGAAGAAGAAGAAAUGGCAAAGUCCCACGGAGUAGUAACAUUCAAAGAUGUGGCUGUUGACUUUACACAGGAGGAAUGGCAACAAUUGAAACCUACUCAGAGGAAUUUGUAUAGGGACGUGAUGCUGGAGAACUAUAAAAACCUAUUAACAGUAGGCUACCAACUCACCAAACCAGAUAUCAUUUCCAAGUUGGAACAGGAAGAAGAGCCAUGGGUUGUAGAAGAAGCAAUGUUAAGGAGAUACUCAGAAAAAGACUGGGAAGUUGGUGAACAGAUGGAAGCAGAACAGCAAAGAUUUGUCAAAAGAAUGACAACCACACUAAAGAAAAUCUUGACUAAGGAAAAAGGCAGUGACUUUAAAAACAUUGGAAAAAUGUCUCCUAUGACUUCUGAUAUUAAUUUUAUGAGGAAAUCCCUCUGUCAGUAUGAUUCUUUUGGGACAAGACUGAAACAUAAUUUAGACUUACCUACAAAUGAGAGAAGCCAUGUGACAAAGAAACAUAAUGAAUGUAAUAAGCCUGGAAAAUCCUACCUUAAGUCAUCCUCUAUCACAGUAGACCCCUUUAAGUGUGCUCAGUGUAGAAAAGGCUUCAUUCAGGAGUUGGAUCUCAUCAGACAUCUGCGAAUUCAUACUGCGGAGAAACCUUAUGAGUGUUACGAAUGUGGAAAAGCUUUUAGUCGGAAGAGAAAUCUCAGUUCUCAUCAGAAAAUUCAUACAGGAGAGAAACCUUAUAAAUGUAAUGAAUGUGGAAAAACUUUCAUUCACACAUCAAAUCUCAUUAGACACUACAGAACUCACACAGGAGAAAAACCCUAUGGAUGUAAGGAAUGUUUGAAAGCUUUCAGCCAGAAAUCAAAUCUCAUUGAGCAUGAGAAAAUUCAUACUGGAGAAAAACCAUAUGGAUGCAAUGACUGUGGAAAAACUUUCAGCCAGAAGAGAAACCUUAGUGAACAUGAGAAAAUUCAUACUGGUGAGAAACCUUAUGAAUGUAAUGAAUGUGGGAAAGGCUUCUCUCGAAUAUCAUCCCUUACUCUGCACAUGAGAAGUCACACAGGGGAGAAACCCUAUAAAUGUAAUAUAUGUGGAAAGGCUUUCUCUCAGUGCUCAUUAUUCAUUAUACAUAUGAGAAGUCAUACAGGUGAGAAACCUUAUAAAUGUAAUGAAUGUAAGAAAGCCUUCUCCCGAAGGUCAUCUCUUACUGUACAUUUGAGAAAUCAUACAGGCGAAAAACCUUAUGAAUGUAAUGAUUGUGGGAAAGCUUUCAGUCAAAAAGAAAACCUCAUUACACAUCAGAAAAUUCACACUGUAUUCAUUAUACAUACGAGAAGUCAUACAGGUGAGAAACCUUAUAAAUGUAAUGAAUGUAAGAAAGCCUUCUCCCGAAGGUCAUCUCUUACUGUACAUUUGAGAAAUCAUACAGGCGAAAAACCUUAUGAAUGUAAUGAUUGUGGGAAAGCUUUCAGUCAAAAAGAAAACCUCAUUACACAUCAGAAAAUUCACACUGGAGAGAAACCUUUUGAAUGUGAUAAAUGUGGAAAAGCUUUUAUUCAGUUGUCAAACCUUAUCAGACACCAAAGAAUUCAUACUGGAGAAAAACCUUAUACAUGUAAGCAAUGUGGGAAAGCAUUUAGUCACAAAUCUAAUCUCACUGAGCAUGAGAAAAUUCAUACUGGAGAGAAACCUUAUGAAUGUACUAAGUGUGAAAAAGCCUUUAGGCAUAAGCAAAACUUCAUUGAGCAUGAGAAAAUUCAUACUGGAGAGAAACCUUAUGAAUGUAAUGAAUGCAUGAAAGCCUUCUCUCGAAUCUCGUCUCUGAAUCUUCAUCUGAAAAGUCAUACAGAGGAGAAAUCCUGUAAGUGUAACAAAUGUGGGCUAGCAUUCUCACAAGCCUCCUUACUUAUACAUAUAAGAUGUCAUAGAAGUGAGAUCAUUAAAUGUAAAGAAUGUGUGGAGGCUUUUUCUCAGAAAACAUUUGUUACUGUAUAUGCAAAAAGUCUGGGUCAGAAGGACAGUAAGUGUAAUGAAUGGAAACCCUUCUCUCAGAUUUCAGCCCUUGCUUUACAUGUGAGAACACAUGCAGGUGAGAAGCCCUAUUAGGGUAAUGAUUGUGGGUAAGCUUUCAUCUAGAAUUCAUACCUCAUUAGACAUCAAUGAAUUCAUAGUUGGUAUAAACAAAUUGAAUCAGAAAAAUUUCAGUAGGGAUUCAUAUCUCAUAGCUUAUGUAAAAAUUCA